UCACAUAAUCGUAGUAAGUUUAAUUACAAUAAAAACAAAAAUAAUCUGAAAAAGAAGAUAAUAAGGAAGGAGAAACCGCACACACAGGUUCCUCAGAUACGUAAUGCUUGGGAUGAACUCAAAACAGUAAAGCAAAAUCUACAAGACAUGGGGCUGUCACUUGGGAUGAAGGGUAUGCUUCCUAUUAAAAACAAAAAGGAUAUGGAAAGUAAACCAGUGGAGACAAAUGUUUUAAAACCGUACGUCAUUGAAGCAAUGGAGGUAGAGGCCAGUCUCCGUGGCGAGGACAGAACCACAUGCUCCACUGACAUGACUGAAUAUGUUCAAUACAUGGUGAAGGAACACAAUCAGGAUUAUAAGGCAAUGGCAAGGGAUAAGAAAAACUACUAUCAGGUCACACCAAAGCAGAUCAAACGGAAAGUGGAAUUAUACAAACGGUGUCAUCCUGAGGAAUAUGCUGUGUUCAUUGCAUCUCUGCAAUCUCAGAAGUCUACGUGA